AUGGUGAAUUCCGUGGUGGCGCGUGCUACGAGCGAUAUGUUGAUUGGUCCAGAUUGGGCGAUGAACAUCGAGAUCUGUGAUAUGUUGAAUCAUGACCCUGGGCAAGCGAAAGAUGUUGUUAAAGGUAUAAAGAAACGCCUUGGAAGCAAGAACGCAAAAGUUCAACUUCUUGCCCUGACGCUGUUGGAAACAAUCAUUAAGAAUUGUGGGGACAUUGUUCAUAUGCAUGUGGCAGAGAAGGGUCUUCUUCAUGAGAUGGUAAAAAUGGUGAAGAAGAAGCCUGAUUUUCGCGUCAAAGAGAAGAUAUUGAUUCUGAUAGAUACUUGGCAAGAAGCUUUUGGAGGACCUAGGGCAAGAUAUCCACAAUAUUAUGCUGCAUACCAGGAAUUGUUGCGUGCUGGGGCAGUUUUCCCCCAGAGAUCUGAGAGCUCCGCACCUGUAUUCACCCCCCCACAAACACAACCUUUGGCAUCAUAUCCUCCUAAUCUACGGAAUGCUGAUCGAAAUCAGCAAGAUGGUGCUGAGACCUCUGCCGAGUCUGAGUUUCCGACCUUAAGCCUGACUGAAAUUCAAAAUGCUCGUGGAAUUAUGGAUGUUCUUUCAGAGAUGCUUAAUGCAUUAGAACCAGGGAAUAAAGAGGCUAUCAGACAGGAAGUUAUCGUUGACUUGGUUGACCAAUGCCGUACUUACAAGCAGAGGGUGGUUCACCUUGUUAACUCAACAGCGGAUGAGUCACUACUUUGCCAAGGACUUGCACUUAAUGAUGAUCUUCAGAGGCUACUUGCUAGGCAUGAAUCUAUUUCUUCUGGAAAUCCUGUUGUUCAGAAACCAAAGUCUGAAUCUGCUACAACACUCGUUGAUGUAGACCGUCCUCUUAUCGACACUGGAGAUAACAGCAAACAGCCCGAGACAAAAGCUGCCGCCUCAAAUGCUGGUGAAGGGUCUCAAACCCUGAACCAGUUGUUGCUUCCUGCACCUGCUGCAACUAAUGGACCAGCUCCACCAGGUAGAGUUGAACCCAACGUAGACCUGCUGAGCGGCGACUUCAAUUCACCAAAGGCAGAGACUUCACUGGCUCUUGUUCCUCUUGGAGAGCAACAACCUAAUCCUCCUGCAUCAGAUCAAAAUGCUCUUGUUCUAUUUGACAUGUUCUCUGAUGGUAACAAUGCCUCUAAUCCUGCAAAUCCCCCUCCUAUCAGUCCCGGUGGGCAACCCCCGCACCCACAUGCUUCGCAAUUUCAACAGCAGCAGCAGCAGCAGCCAAAUGUUCAUUCCCCACAAGCUGGAUUGUAUCCGAAUGGGAACGUCAUGAACAUGGGUUCUCCUAAUUAUGAGCAAUCGAUGUACAUGCAGGGCCCAGGUUCUGCCUGGAAUGGUCAAACUCCUCCUCAGCAGCAACAGCAGCCCCAUUCACCUGUCUAUGGUCCGCAAACUGGUUCAUUGCCACCUCCGCCCUGGGAAGCUCAGUCUUCUGAUGAUGGCAGCCCAGUAGCAGGCUCUCAUUACCCUCAACCAAUGCAGGUUACUACUCAGGUUAUCGUCUCACAUGGACUCGGUGGACAUCCCCAAGGACCCCAAUCGAUGGGGAACGAGGUUGUAGGUAUAGGUAUGUACAUCCAGCCAAUAACGAGUGGUCAAAUGUCUAACAUGAAUAGCCAUGUUAAUCCGAACCAUCAGUUGGGUAUGCCGAUGCCUCCACCGCAGAUCCCGGGCAUGCAAAAUAUGGGUAUGCCGAUGCCUCAGCAACAUCCGCAGGCUAACCAGGUGACACAACCAUAUUACCCUCAACAGAUGUAUGGCAACCACAACCAAUACAAUCCUGGCUAUGGCUAUGGUCAACCUCAAAUGCCCCAACAAUAUCUUGAGCAGCAAAUGUAUGGCCUGUCCAUAAGAGAUGAUAUGAGUAUGAGCAAUUUGUCUUCUCAAGCUUCUGCUUUAUCUUAUGUGCCUCCCAUGAAGCCAGCCAAUAAACCAGAGGAUAAACUGUUCGGCGACCUCGUUGACAUUGCAAAAUUCAAACCCACGAAAUCGACUCCCGGCAGAGCUGGUAGCAUGUGAAAUGAUCGCGGAUGCUUUUUUCCUUUGUUUAUUUUUACGCCUCUUGUUUCACAUUGCAUACAUAUAGUGUUUGCCUUUGGCCCCCUCAUUCUUGUUGCCUGUUUGAGUAUUGAAAUAGUGUAUAUUUCUUGUAGAGGGAUGGAAAAAGGAAAAGAGAAGGAAAGCCUUGGGAGAACAACCUGCAUUAAAAUUUGACCUUCUGUUGAUUUUUUCUCUCCUUUUUUUAAAUAAAUAACUUUAGUGUAAAGUUCAUCUCUUAUUCAUUUUACUUGUUUGAUCAAUAAAUUUUUUAGCAUGAUCCGUUAUUAUCA